AUCUAAUUGAAUCUUAUGGCUUCUCUCCCACUUUCUUUCCAUACAUUUUGACAUCUCUUUCCAUACAUUUUGACAGUUCGCCAGGUAAGUCGGAUCAUCGGACAGGCCUCGGCGGGCCGCGCUUCGACACACAUGACACUCCUCAAAAGAACGAGGAAGGAAGCACCAAUACAAGAUGUGGAAGAUCAGCUCCCGGCGCUUCUUCCUCGAUACAAAUAUCUGCCAACUCCCGACCUCACGUCUCCCAAGAAACAGGAUCCCGAAGAAUACGAGUGGAACCAACCCUUCGCAGUCCACAAGCGCAUCUAUCGUCAAUUAAAUCACGAAAAAGGAGAAAGCCUCAUGAAUCAUUUCGCAAGAGUCGUGGUCGACCUGGAAUCCGGAGGGAUGCAUCCUAAACAAUAUCUUCUGAACAUUGCAGAAUCCCUCACCGAGAUGGCCUACCGCGGCACUUCGCACCUGCGCCACAAGCUAGGUAGCCUUACAUGGGGUCCCGCCGUCCAGUUCGCCAAGACCAUGGCCCAAACCACGUUCGCUUCCCUCCAAGUUGGCACACUGCUUCUCGUUGACCAAGUGUCCGCGGAGAGUUUUGUGUACGGCGACACACUCGGCGUUGGGUCUGACGAGCUCGGCAACUUUGUCCUCUGCCGCCGCCACACUGGCGAAUUCGAGGACGAGCGCAAGGCCACCGAUCUCCCUGAUGUGGAGUUGGUUGUGAAGGACGACGCGUUCUGGUUGCGACUGCUUCUGUUCACGGACAUGGGUUUCGCGGAGUCGUACAUGCUAGGCGAGUUCGAGUGUGACGAUCUGACGUCUUUCUUCCAGAUGUUCAUCUUGAACCGUGAACAGCUGAACAACGGCACGACUUGGUUCUCUGGAUUCUUUUCCCACGUUGCCGGUCUCGCUCGCUUGGCAAAUACCAUGGAGAACGCUCGUCUGAACAUCAUAAGACAUUACGACAUCAGCAACGAUAUGUUUGCUGCUUUUCUGUCGCCAGAUAUGAUGUAUUCGUGCCCAAUUUGGAAGCACUCGAUCAAUAGUGACACCAAGCAGGAGGAGAGUCCGAGGCACGCUCAGAUGAGAAAGAUCAAGUAUUUCAUUGAAGCAGCCAAGAUCAAGCCAACCGACCAUGUCCUGGAAAUUGGAACCGGCUGGGGCACCAUGGCCAUUGAAGCCGUGCGCAGGACAGGCUGCCGCGUCACGACUAUAACGUUGUCACGGGAGCAAAAGAACUUCGCUGAGAAGAGGAUUCGGGCAGCGGGCUUUUCGGACAAGAUUGCAGUGUGUCUGUUGGACUACCGAAUGCUGCCUUAUCAGAAGGUUACCUACGACAAGAUCAUAUCUUGCGAAAUGAUCGAGGCUGUGGGCGAGAAGUUUCUGGCCACGUUUUUCUCGCGCAUUGACAAGCUGCUGAAGAAGGACGGAGGGAUUGCCGUGUUCCAGUGCAUCACCAUGCCGGAGGGACGACACAAAGGCUAUUCGAGGCGUGAAGACUUCAUUAACCACUACAUCUUUCCCGGAGGAUACCUCCCAUCCGUCACGCAGUUGAUCAACCACAUCACGACCGAGUCCAACGGAACGCUCAUUGUCGAAAAGAUCAAGAACAUCGGCCCACAUUAUGUCAAGACGCUGAGGCUGUGGAGGGAGGCCUUUAUGGACAAGUUUGACAGCAAGAUCAUGCCGGCUUUGAUGGAGGAGCAUCCUAAUAUGACGGAGAAGGACAUUGAAGUGUUUCAGAGGAAGUGGGAGUACUACUUUGCGUAUAGUGAAGCCGGUUUCCUGACCAAGACGUUGGGAGAUGUGAUUAUCACAGUUGGCAGGGAGGGUGCGCUUGAGCUGAUGGAGGGUAUUCCGUUGUGAUCGUUACUGAGGAUCGUAGUGCUGAUGAUCUCGCCCACAUCUCCACGUACGGCGAAGCAAUAUGGUUAUCGUGACCAGUAGGGAAAAGGACGAUGGAUGGUGGAAUGAUGAGGGACAGGAAUCGGUUGCAGAUCGGGUAGAAACCAGCAUAUAGACCAUGGUAUGGCGUCUCAUGGGUUUCCAUAAAAGAGGGUUACUAGAAUUUUC